AUGGCUGACAACGACGCCACUGCUCCGGGCAUGGACCUCCUCUUGGACAUCUUCCGGAGGGCAGACAAGAACGACGACGACCGGAUCUCGCUGGAGGAAUUCCACGCGUAUUUUGACGACGGCAUUCUGACCAAGGCCCAGCUGGACGAGCUGUUUGAGCGCAUCGAUGAAGACGGGUCUGCCAACAUUGAUCAUCGCGAGCUGUGCGAGUGGUUCUCCGGUGGAGUCGAGACGUACGUCAGCCUCUUUGACGCCCUGGAUGCGGUGACGCGAUCGGUCGGCUCUGCGCUCUCGGCGUCGGCCGCCGAGUAUGCCAACGCCGACGCAUUCCAUCAGUUCCGCACUCGAUUCCUUCUCCGCGAGGCGUACCGCCAGCUCAACGCCAUGUCGCAGCCGCUGGAGCGCGCGGUCGACGCGCUGGAGGACCGUGCGCGGCGCGACUCGGCCACGGCGCUGCCCAACAUCAUCUCUUCACAGCCGACACCCGAGGUCCGCGUCGCCAUUCAAGGCUCGCAGUUUACCUAUCGGACCGAGCUCCCGCCGGCGUCGCCGGCGCUGGAGCGCGACGAUGGGUUCCCUGGCGCGGCGGGAGCGUCCGCCGCCAGCGUGCCGCCGGCACAGCUCGAUGAGCUUACCGCUCAGAUCGACCGCCUCCGCAAGUACGUCGACAACUACGUGUCCAAGGUUGAGUUUGUGCCGGUGGAGGAGGGCUCUGCCGACGACGACGACGAGGCCGUCCUUGUUGUCAUGCGCGUCUUUGACGUCGACGACGACUGCGUCGACGCCUUUGUCGCCGCCGCCUCGACCUACCUCAAGGACUCGCGCGCCGCUGACGGCUGCCUGCAUCUCUACAUGAAGCAGCAGUGCGGCGAUCCGUCAACGGUCAUGUUCUGGGAGGUGUGGGAGUCCGACGACGCCGUCACCGACCACUACAUGUCACCCACCUGGCGCGCCUUCCUCCGCACCUCGGCUGACCUCCUCAUCUCGCCAACCUCGACCAAGCAGCUCCCGGUGCCCGCCACCUGGUGGCCGCAGCUCGAGUGAGUGCGAGAGACCCCAUGCCCGGCAUCCAUCUCAAACCCUCCAGCCCUGCCCU